AUGCAAGACGCCUUUGAUGCGGUGGGCCCUGACUCUGCGGGGUCUGUGAGCUAUCAGCAGUUCAAGCGCGCUUCUGAGCGCCUGGGAAUGCGAGUGGCGGACAAGCAGCUCAAAGCCGCCUUCGCGCCUUUUGAGGUGCUCCAUAGUGGUCGGCUCACCUGCGCCGAGUUCAUUGAGUUCGUUUGCAGCGACGAGACCAAACCAGACAAGCUUGUGGAUUCCUCUGAGGGCGGCAUCCGGCGGUCAGCCGCCAGAAUAGCCGAUGUAAUUUUCGAAAAAGAGAUCGAUUUGCGGAAUGCCUUCAAGCAAUGGGACUCCAAGAAGUGUGGUGGUCUUGAUGUGGAGGAGUUCCAGGGUGCCCUUGGAAGCCUGGGCUUCGAUGCGACGCCUGAGGUGACCGCUGCUGUGUUCAAGGCCUUCGACUUGAAGGGUGAUGGCCGAGUCUCCUGCUGGGAAUUUACGCGGGGCCUCCACAACUUGCAGGCAGCGGCAGAGGCCACAGCCACAGAUGACGAGCGCCAGAUGCUGAGGGGUGCGCACCUGAGAAAAGCCCUUCACGAUGCCGAGAAGGUUGGCAUUGAUCCCGAAGAGCUCGAGGCGGCGCGGGCCAAAUUACAGGAACUCGAAGAGCGUGAAGCUGCUGAAGAUGAGCUGGAGGAUGCGUUGGAGGUGCCUCGGAGUGCCACAAGGCUCCGGCGAGCACUGGAAGAUGCUCAGGCUGCUGGACUCGGUGAGGCCAGCUUAGCAGAAGCUCGCAAAGCCUUAGCUCGCGAGGAGUGGAGAGACCAAGUCAGGCAACGCUUGCAAGAAGCCAUGCAGAGUCGGCUGGUUGAGCCUUUGCGAGAGGCCCUGGCGGAUGGAGAGGCAGCAAGCUUGCCAGAGGAGGAGUUGGCACCUGCCCGUCAGAUUCUGGCAGAAGAAGAGCGGAAGGAAAGGGCGUCAUCAGCACUGCAAGAAGCAAUCCGAGCCGGUGACGAAGCUCGUUUGCGCGAGGCCAUCUCCUUAGCACAGCGGGCCGGUGUCGAUGCGUCCGAGCUCGCCAGAGCCAGGGAAGCACUUGAAGCGCUGGGAGAGCGGACAGCUGCGAACCAAAGACUCAGGGAUGCAAUCGAUGCAAGGGACCCAUCGAUGCUGCAGCAAGCGAUUGAUUAUGGACGGCGGCAUGGUGCGGAUGAUUCCCUGCUGAAGGAUGCUCAGCGCAUGUUAGAGGAGGCUGCACGCAAGCAGGCAGCACAGAGUAAACUGCAAGAGGCAAUGGCUAGUCAAGAUACACAGAGGCUGCAAGAGGCGAUCGAUUUUGGUGCAGGACUCCUGUCAGCGGAAGACAUCACAGCCGCCAAGAGCUUGCUCUCAGCCUUGGAGCGCAGAGCAGCAGCUCGCAAGCAAUUGUCGGAAGCUGUCGCCGCAAAAGAUCCAGUGAGGCUCCGUUCAGCGCUGGAUGCUGGCGAGGCAGCUGGUCUGUCUGCUGAGGAGUUGGCCGAAGCACGUCAGCUUCUGGGCCAAGAAAGCCGCAAAACGGCUGCUCGGGAGGCUCUGAAUGCGGCCGCUGCUUCCGGUGAUGCAGCGCGACUAAAGGCGGCCGUGGCCGAAGCUGAAGUUGCUGGCCUGCCAGAGUCCGAAAUCGCCGCGGCUCGAAAGGCGCUAGCGGAGCUGGAGAAGUUGACACGAGCAAGGCAACAGCUUCAGGCUGCAGUCUCUGCCCGUGAUCCUCAGCUUCUGCAAGAGGCAAUUGGCUUGGGCGAGGCAGCUGGCCUUUCAGAGCAAGAGCUUGCAACGGCCAGAGCCUGUUUAGAAGACGAGCUGCGGAAGAAGGCCGCGCGACAGCAGCUGCGGCAAGCAGAGCAAAGUGGGGAGGUCUCCGAGUUGCAGGCCGCACUGGCGGAGGGAAGGUCUGCUGGACUUGCACCAGCAGAGCUGGCCGCAGCUCAAGGUGCAUUGAAUUUUGCCGAGAAGCAGCUUGUGGCUCGGCGGCUUUUGCAGGAAGCCGUGAGGUCUGGAGACAUCCCAGAAUUACGAGGAGCGCUCGAAGAGGGCGAGGCUGCCGGCCUCACCGAGGACGAGCUCCUACCUGCGAGGCAAGCCCUCAGCCGAGAGGACGGGAAGAUGGUCGCAAGGCGGCGCUUGCAGGACGCAGUGGACAGCAGAGAUCUCGGUGCUCUCAGGGUCGCGCUGGACGGCGCCUCCCGAGCAGGGCUUACAGACGAUGAUCCGUUGGUCAAAGCGGCAAAGACCGUCCUCGCAGACGUCGAUCGCCAAGAGAGGGCCGCCCAGGCGCUGAGAGCUGCUUGCAAGGCAGAAGAUGUGGAAGCGUUGCGUGCAGCGCUGGAGGAAGCGCGAGCUGCAGGAGUACGGGCACAGGAAAUCUCUGAGGCAGAAGCUGCCUUGCAGCGCAUGGACGCCAAGCAAGCUGCCCGGCAGCUGUUGAGGCAAGCGGUGGUGUCUCGCAAGGUGGAUGAGCUUCAAAGCGCCAUCAGCGCAGGAGAGAAAGCAGGAUUGAGUGCAGCUGAGCUUGAGGAGGCCAAAUUGGCUUUGACUGAGGAGGAGCGCUGUGCGGCUGCACGCCGUGCCUUGCAAAAGGCUUUGGUGACCAGGAACAAGGAGGCUCUCCAAGAGGCCUUGCGCCAGGGGGAAGCAGCAGGUCUUCCUGCCAAGGAGCUGGAAGCGGCCAGGGCCGCUCUUGCGGCGGAAGAUGCCAAAUCCAAGGCCCGGUCCCGGCUGCAAGCAGCCAUGAAGGCCAAGGAUGUCGGGCAGCUGCGGGCAGCGAUAGCAACUGCAGAACGCAGCGGCCUAGGAGCGGAGGAGAUCCGGCCAGCCAAAGAUUUGCUGCGGGAGCUCGAGAACAAGGAGCUGGCCAUGAAGAAGCUCCGUGAAGCAGUAGCUUCCCGCAACGUUGAUGCGCUGAGGGCCGCCAUAAGCAAGGGCGAAGCAUGCGGCUUGAGCCCGGAAGACCUUGCAGAAGCGCGUCGAGUACUCGCAGAGGAGGAGGCGAAGCAGAAGGCCAGGAAAGCUCUCCUCGAAGCGGAAGCUGGUGACAGCGUGCCGCAGCUUCAGGCUGCGCUGGAGGCAGGCCGAGCGGCUGGGCUGGGACCGGAGGAGCUGGCUGCUGGUCAUCGGCGUAUGGAGGAGCUGCAGCAGCGUGCCAACGCCGCCAAAGCCCUGGAAGAAGCCAUGAGGCACGGAGGAGUGGAAGAGCUGCGAGAUGCCCUGAAGCAAGCGGAAGCUUUAGGCGUCAGUGCCUUGCUGUUGGAUGAUGCUCGGGAGCUCCUUCGUCGCCGUGAGCAGCAGAUGAAGGCGGCAGAAGCCUUGCAAAAGGCCAUCCAUUCGGGUGACAUGGCGGAGCUACGUUCUGCGAUCCGCCAGGGCCAAGCAGCAGCUCUUCCUGCUGAAGACCUGGCAGCCGCGAUGGAGAAGCUCGCCGAGCUUGAAGAGGCCGAAGCGAGGCAGCAGAAGGAAGAGGCUGAAAGACAGCGAGAAUUGGAGAGACAAGCAAUGCUGGAACAGGCAAAGAAAGAUCAUGCUGCCGAGUUGCUCGCAGAGGCCAGCAAGUCCCGAGACGUAGACAGCCUGCGGGCUGCAAUCGAUGCCGCAAACAAGGCUGGACUGAACGACCAGAAUCUGGAAGAGGCAAAGAAGAUCUUAGCACAGGAGGAAGGCAAGUUGGCAGCCAGAAGCUCGCUUCAGGCUGCUGUGGCUUCCGACGAUGCUGAGCGUCUGCGGGAGGCCUUGCAGCGUGCAAGCCAGGCGGGCCUGGACAAUGAGGACUUGGAGAAAGCCCAGAAAGCGCUGGAGCAGGCGGAGAGGCGAGCAAAGGCUCGACAAGGACUCCGCGAGGCACUUUCUGGAACUGCCACGUCGGAAGGAUUGCAGGCUGUACUGGAGAACGCCCUCAGUGCCGGCUUGGGUGACACCGAAGCCGAUGCUGCCUUGCUUGCAGCUGCGCGGCAGCGAGCAGCAGAGCAAGCUGCAAGAGAGCGGCUUUCAGCGGCCAUGUCCAGUGAGGACGUUGAGCAGUUGCAGAAAGCCAUCAAGAUGGCCGUGGACUCUGGCUUCACAGGGCAGGAGCUGGAAGAUGCCAAGAGCCUUUUACAGGUCCUUUUGGCAAAAGACGCCGCCCUGAGUGAGCUGAAGGAUGCUUGCAGCUCUGGAGAUCUGGACCGGCUGCGUGCUGGUUUGGAGAAGGCAGAGUCCCUAAACCUUGGGGAGUCCGACAGGCAAGAAGCGGAGAAGAGGCUUCAACAAUUAGAACGUCAAGCCACAGCCAGACGUCGUCUGAAGGACGCCAUGGGAUCUGGCGAAGCCCAAGCAUUGCGAGCUGCGUUGGAAGAGGCAGCAGAAGCCGGCCUUUCUGCAGAGGACUUGGCAGCAGGCAGAGCUUCCUUGGCUCAAAGCGAGGAGCGAGCACAGCUCGCGCGCACUCUCCAGGCAGCGCAGGCGGCACAAGCAGCACAGGAGGCACAAGCAGCACAAGCAGCGCAAGCAGCGCAAGCGGCGCAAGCGGCGCAAGCGGCGCAGGCAGCGCAAGCAGCAGCAAGAGGAAACUCGGACGCAGCCAGCCAGAAUUCACCAACUACUCGGCGGUGUACUCCCACCUCGAACACUCGCAUCUUCGAAAAAUCCGAGUACAUGUUCAAGAAAUCAUCCCUGGAUGGUUGCAGCGAUGAAGAGAUCAUCAAGACACUGCGCCAGCGGCUACGGAAGCUCUGCGUUUCCCCUGCAGAAGCCUUGUCAGAGUGCAUGCAGGUGCCUGCGGUGGCGAAUGCAGGAUGCGAUGGCAGCACCGUACCUUUGGUGGAUGCAGACGUGGUGAAAGCAUUUGCGGAACAGCUGCAACUUUCCGUUGAGCCAAGAACUUUGAAGUUCCUAUCUGGAAUUGAUGCGAGUGGUCAAGGUACGGCCGUCUCUGUGAGCGACUUUCUGAAUGCCCUUCAAGGCAGUCAGAGCCUUACCUCUCGAAGCAGAGACAGCCGUCCAGGUCCUGGCGACACCAUACCUGCGGCAUCCUCGACUGCUGGUCUCAGUGGGCCCCAUGCUGCGGCCGCAGCCCGCGAGGAGAGGAAGCGGGAGUUGAUGCAGCAGUCAAAGCCCAAAGAGCACCUGCGACAGUUGGUCCUUCAGCAACGGGUCAGUCAACUCAGCCAGAAAGAAGCUCAGCUCGUGACCAACCUCAGAGAAGCCUUGUUCGAGCGAAGAUCGAACAUGCAAAAGAUGUUCAAGAGCAUUGAUCUCAAUGAUGAUGGCAUUGUGACCCUGGAAGAGUUCCUCCACGCCCUGGAAGGCGCCGGUGUGGCGGUGGGGCAUGAAAUUGACCGCGCACGCGCGCAAGUAUCUGAGGAGGAGGCAGCACGGAUGCUGGCGUAUUUCGACAGAAGCAGCACAGGCUACCUCCACUACAACGAGUUCAUGCGGCUCUUGCAGGGUACAUUGGACCUGGCCCCAGAAGCGCCUUGGGACCCCGAGCUGGCGCGGCGCAUCCCCGACAUCGGUGAAUAUCGAGGCCAAGCGGGGAGACAAGCAGUGGAUUUGAGUGGAACUGGCUUGAUACGAGCCGCUGCUGGUCUUCACGGUGGGAUGUCUCCGGAUGAGCAAACGGUGCAGAACACUUUUGCGAAAUGGGACGUCAACCAAGAUGGCAAGAUUUCAGAAAGGGAGCUGCUCUCUGUUCUUCGCAAAGUAGAUCCCAAAAUCCGAGACAAGGAUGUGAGGAUACUUUUCGAGAAGGCAGACUGCAACGGCGAUGGUUUGAUAGACUACCAGGAGUUUGUUGCCUGGCUCUUCAAGUGA